AUGCCAGGUGUUGAACUGCCCGGGAUAGAGACACUUGUUGUCCCGGACAGUGAGAGUGAGCCUGCAUCUCCAGUCCCUGUCAUACAGAAUCCAGUUCAUUCAUUGGGUACGGGCAAGACAAAGAAGCAGCAGCGUCGAAAACUUGUUUUUGAUGGUGUGGCUGUGCCCCUACCUCCUUGGAAAACAAACCGCCGCCAGGCCAAAACAACUGCAAAGGAGAAGGCCCCAAUCUCAAUAGACACCAACUCGGCAGACUCCAUUGUCAACGCGCUUCAAUCUACUCUUCAAGCAAAUGAUUCCGAGAAGAUAGCGGUGGAUGCUUCAACUUCGGCAACUCCCACAGGCGAGGAAUCCGUAGCUAACAAGUCCGGCAGCGGGAGGUACAAAUCCGUGGUCAAGAAACGUGUUGGGCGACCUGCUUUACGACGCUCGCGAGGGUCUUAUGCAGCGCCGACGCGUUCAUCCCGCCAGUCUCAGACGACGAGUGCAGCGCAAAGCGAAGCGGAAUUCGCUGAGCCCUCUCCGCCGCUUCUCCCCGCCCAUCGUCCUGUUCGUGCGUUGAAGCCAAUCUCAUACGAUGCUGCGCAGGAGUACGUGGAUGCAGCGUUGGAAACGAACGUUGGAUCCGUGUAUAUGCCGCCCCCGCCCCCGCCCCCGCGAUGGACGGCUCACUGGCGAGAUGACGAGGACGACCGGAUGAGUGUUUACUCGAAUUCGAGUGCGUCUUGGCCUACGGCGCGAGACGAGCAGCUCGCACAGCAAAGCGAGCAGUGGUGCCUGAGGGUUCCGCCUAAAUUUUUGCGGUCACUGCAGAGGCAAGAACCGCAGUCCGUAGAGCGUCCCCGCGUCGUAACAAGCCAGUCGAGGAAAAGCUUGUUCGACGAGCACAUCAAAGCGAUAAAGGCACUUGGCUGUAAGCUAACGUCUGAAGAAGCAAUGACGGAGUCCGAUCAAGGGGAUCUGCAGCCCGGCAGCUCGAGCGUCCAAACCGACGCAAGCGAGUUAGUCGAGUACAGUCGUGAUGGAAACCAGCCCUAUGAAGACGCUGGACAUCCGUUCUUGAUUGACACUCAAGCCGAGGCCUCGGAGGCGAACGCUUCUUCCACUAACAACAUUUGA